AUGCCUCGUCGUCUGAAGACGAGGUUCUCCAGGCUUGGCCUCAAAGGCCGGGCACAGCCUCCACCACCACCGCAGGCGCAGCCGGAGCUGGAGCCGGAGCCGGAGCCAUGGUCCGACGUGGAGUGCAGCUCCGACAAUGACGAGAACCACGAGCACGCGCUGUGGAUCUUGGAGGCGGACCGACAAAAGCUCAUGGAGUUCAGAGCUCAUCGCCAAUAUGAGGCGUUUGCCCGCAAGCAAGCGAUGCGCUUCUUCAAGGAGGAGGCUUCUCGGGAAAGGCUGGAAGUGCGGGGACAGCGCCGCCGGCAGGCUCCUGCGACGCCAGCCGCCAUGCUCCACCGCCAGAUGCGCGAAGCAAGGGAUGAGAAGCGAGCACGGAUGCAGGCGGCAAAGGCGAAGAACGAGGACGAGGCAGGCCCGUCGCGUGCCCCAACCGACGGCCAUUAG